GCCUGCUCUGUUUACCUCUUUUCUGGGAGCUGUGACAACUCCUCCAGGAGGCACUUUAAGUGACGACGAGCGUUUAAACCGUGUUUCCCCUCUGAUAAGCUUCUCAGAACCGAUAAUAUAUUUCGGCUAGCUCCUAGUUUUUGGGGGCUAGUUACUAAGCCAGCUAAUAGCUAACGGAUUGCUAUGCUAACGUUAGCUAAGCAGCAUUAGCAACGACGCUAAGAGCAGAGGUCCUGUGUUUUCCUGUGCAGAUACUACGAAAAACAUUUGGCAGGAGAACAGAAAACAGUUGUCUCACCUGCACUGCAACUUCCUCUUGAUUUAGGACACAUUUAUCUGGAAGGAAAGGAAUGGUCCAAUUGGAAAAAUUCUAGGGCCAUGUUUUGAUUCAACCUUUUUGUUUAAAAAGGUGAUCCUGUAAUCAUUUGUUCAAUUAAUUUGUUCCCUGGUUGAUGGAAAACUUUAUUUUUGCCUUUUGAUGAUAAACUCCCCAGUAGUUUAUGCCACUGAAGACGUUCAACUUGUUGGAAGUUACUGCUCUAAUCAGAGCUCACUAAUCUAUGAAAUCUGAAAUCUUCUUUACUUACCUUUCAGUCAGACAGCUCCAGAUAAUUCAGUGGGCAUUAAACAAAUGUGAAUGUAAAACAUAUGAAGUCAAAAACCACAUUAUAAUGCAUCAUCCUACAGCAUCCCAGUUUCACUAACUAAGAGUGAAGAUGGUGGCAAUGUAACAUUGGGUCUUACCUCCUUUACUGUCAUGUGACUUUGAAACUGGAAACACUUUUUUUCAAGCUCAGACAGUCUUUUCACCAGUUUAAUGAGGUGAGCAGUGGCUUUCAGUGACGUCCAUUGCAAAUCAAAGACUGUCUCUGAACUUUUUUUUUCUUUGCAUGCGUUUGGCUAGAGCUUACAAUGAUUUGGUAAAAAGUGAGUCGAAGUGAAAAGCAAGCCGGCACACAGUGUGGCAGGAGAAGACCUGGAAUCUCUUUUCCCCGUCCCCCUGACUGAUGUCAUAGUGGCACAGAUAUACGGAUUGCUGUCAAUGCUCCUGUGCAGACUGCUUUUACACACUGCUUCCUUAUAGACAACCAAGCCUGGCCUUACCACUUGGACAAAUCGCCUGAUGUCAUUUGAUUAUUUUAAUCACCAAAAAGAUCCAGCUGGUUUCUUUUCUUCACCCCAAAAAAUAUUUGCCAUAUGUUUCAAGAAAGUUAGGGAAAAGUUAAUCCUGUUUAAAUUGGUCCUUGCUUGUGUUGUAUGUAUGUCGCUUUGGAUAAAAGGCGUCUGCUAAUUAUAAAUUGUAAUUGUAAAUUGAAUUAGUAACACAGUUGGUGGGAGUGACAGCAUUCGUAUAAUUCACCAAAAACAACUUGCUUGGAAUAGACUUUUUUUUUUACCCCCCCCCCCCCCCCCCCAAAAAAGAAAAGAAAGGAGAACCUGUCCCUCUUGGACGUCUCAUCUCUUGCUUCAACAUCCACUUCCUGGUCGCACUGUCCUCUGGAUCACCAAUCUACAUCAUUCCAGCAACCUUUUAAACCUUUUUCCCAGUAUUUCACCCUGGACAAGGGGUCUGUCUCUGUGGAAAGAGGCUGUGCUGUCCUGGAGGAGGUGGUGAAGAGGUUGGCAGUGUGGUGCUCUCCAUCUGUCAGUGCACACACUCUGAUCGGUGUUUGUGGGCCUGAGGAACCAAGCCCAGCAGGACCGAGAGAGGAGGCAGAGGACUACAGAGCCAUAGACUCUGUGAUCCUGGCCAUGAGGUUUGAUGCCUCGAUCCACUGACCGGAAACACUGGACCUAAAUGGCGCAGCAUGACUUUGUCCCUGCCUGGCUUAACUUCUCCACGCCCCAGCCCGCCAAGUCCCCUGCCGCCAACCUUGAGAAGCAAGGUGAGCCCCAUCAUCACAGAGAUGGCCGAGCCCCUGUGAGCCGCCGCCGCCACAACUCCUCUGACGGCUUCUUCAACAACGGGCCCCUGCGUGCGCCAGCAGGUGAUGGAUGGCAGCAGCCCUCUCUGCUCCUGAGGCAUGAUUCUGUGGACUCCGGGGUGGCCAAGGGGGGGCAUGGCGGGCUGGCUGGGGGCUCUUGUUGGAAGGACACACCCAGCUGGCAUGGAGCUCCACGCGGGGCCCAAGACGGACACCAUCACCAGGGACGCCACUCCAAACGCGUAGGUGGCGACAGGGACAGGCAAGGGGGCCACCGGCAGCGCAAUGGCAACUUCCAUUCCCGCAAGGGCACCUCAUACCAGGACAAGUUCCCCAACGAGGAACGCAAGGAUGGCAAGGAGGACAAGCUUAAGUUUGUAGAAGAGGACUUUCCCUCCCUCAACCCUGAAACAACUGGAAAGCCUGGAAGCCAGAUGCGAGCCGUGGCUCCCCAUGCUGGAGUGUGGGAAAACCCUCCUAGUGGCAAACAGAUGGUGUCAAAAAUGCUGGUCAUCAAGAAGGUUUCCAAGGAGGACCCCAACGCGGCCUUCUCUGCAGGGUUUGCUAGCACUGGCACUCUGCCCACUAAUGGCAGCAAAACUCCCAUAGCAGGCUCCAGUGUCUACAAGAAUCUGGUCCCCAAGCCUGCUGUGGCCCCCACCAAGAGCACCCAGUGGAAACCCAGUGGGAGGGAAGUCAACAAGCCUGGCCUUCACGUGUCUGGCCGAGAUUUAGUCUUCACUAGUCCUGUAUCUGCAGCCAAACCCAGCACCCCAGGCAGCGCACCACCACACAACAACCCGAAGGAGCAGCAUCCCUCAAGCACGACUCCUCCCAUAGACAUUGCCCCAUCGCGGCUGAAGCUGAUGCGUCGCGGUCCAGACCGAAAGAGCGAGUUCUUGAGAGCUCUGAAGGAUGAGGGCACUGGAGAACUUACCACAAGCAGCAGCCCAGGAACUUCAGGAGAGGGGGAAAGCAGCACUCCAGAGCCCAAAGCCUACAGUGAGGAGGUUUGCCAUGAGAAUGGCCUGUCCUACUCCCUCAGUGACUCAGACACUGAACACCUGUCCAGCUCCCUGGAGGCAGAGCACAGAUUGCUGAAGGCCAUGGGCUGGCAGGAGUAUCCAGAAAAUGAUGACAACUUCCUGCCUCUGACAGAGGAUGAGCUGAGAGAGUUCCAGACUAAAACCGAACAGCUGAAGAAAAAUGGUGUGCAGAGGAACGGGGUUCUCCCAAGGGCACGUGGCGUGACCCUCCACUUCACCCCCUGGAGGAGUGUGGCAGAGGCGCAUGUCGAAGAGGGCUCUGAGUCCGACACCAGUAGCAGCAGCCAGACUUCCGACGACGACGAUGACUGCAUCAAAUCGUAAACGUGGCUUCACGGAUCAAAAAAAAAAAAAAGAAAAGCAACACGACGACAGCCAACACCACAGCCCAGCAAGCAACCUCUUCCUCUCAUGUUAUUUUUUUGAUUUUUUUUGAUUUUUUUGAUUUUUUUUUUUUAGAGCACCAUUGACUUUUUGUUGUCGUUCUUGCACAAGGGAAAAACCAAUCAUAUCCCAGUGAAGGGGGAGAUUCCUGCUCCGCCAGACGUCUUUUUCCCUGCGUUUCCUCCUUCACUGCAGGCCCCCUGCCCCCCUUCGACCACCCACCCCAGCCCAACACCCACCCUUCUUCCUCCUCGCUUUGUGGAACUGAAGUGUUCAUCAAGAAAAGAAGGGCAAUGAAUGCACACAAUUCUGCUUUAAACAGACUAACUCAUUUCAUUGAUGAUGCGGAUUACACAUUAUUAAUGAUAUUAAUAAAAAUUGGUUCCUGACAAGCUAAGAUGUUUCAUUAUGAAUCUGGCUGCUGUUGUUUUUUUUCUCAUUAUCUGCUUUUUCCUCAGGUAGAUGGCGUUUUAGUCAGUCUGCAGGAAUCUUAAGAACCUGAAGUUAGUCACUGGCGAAUUUUUACAUAACCAGGAAGGUCUUUAAAUGGUGCUGUGUAAUUCUACUGAAAUCCUGACUUAUCGUUUUGCAAUGUGAAACCUAAAAAGCAAUAAACUACAUCAAAUUGAUAGAA